GGGCCCGGCUCACGAUUUAGGCUUCCAUCAGGCCUCCCCUGCGGUAUUUCAAAAGGGCCGACCCUUUCUCUGGGUCUCGCUGCAACCCCUGCUCUCGGCGACGCGGCCGGGAGAGCGUCCGGCCGCUUGAGCUGCUCUUCCUGACAAAUUCUGCUCACCUGCCUUUGCUUCGUUUGCCUCAUUCUUUCCACCUUCCCACUAGACCGCGGCCUCCACGGUGUGUGUCCGUCCCGCUGCCUCGCGCAUCGCCUUCCCAGUGACCGGAUGACUUUUGCCACCAGACGGGCUCCUCGCUCUGAGGGCGUUCCAAUCGGCAUCCCGAAACCAGGGCUUAUUCCUUCCAGUGCCACUGGGACUGCUUCUGCAGCCUGAGGGGUGCCACAGGGAGAGGCUUCUGGCCACCCAGAACGAGCAGCCACCAGCACCAGCCCACACGCCCCGGCGCCCUACGCGCGGCCGGCCCCUGGCACGGCAUCCUUGCCUUAGGUACCUUUGCAGCCCACCCUGCGGGGCUUUCGCCGCACCGCACGGGCAGGCAGCCGCCCCUCGGGCGAGAGGAAUGCCUCUUCCCUUCCAGGCGCCUUGCUCAGAGCCCCUGGCGCCGGGGCUGGGAGCUUCUCCCCGAGAACGCCUCGGUGCCGGCCGGAGGUCCUGCGACCGCGCGGAUCCCUGGCGGGUCAGGAGCUCCUCGGUCCCCCCUGCGCCGCCAGAGCUCUCCCCGAAACCGGGACCGACCCUCCUGGGCGCGAGGCAGCGGCGAGAAGCAGGCCCUCCCUUCCCUGCAGCGCCGGGCGCAGGGGGGACGCUGCCGCCUCCCGCGCCCACCGGCUGGGCUUGGCUUUGGCAUUUAUCCAUGGCGGGUAACGCCCCGCGCCCACCCGACCCGGAGCCGGUGACGGGACCCGCCGCCCCCUUCUUCCAGCGCUCGGCAGCCUCCCUGCUUUUCUAAACAGCUCAGGCUCCGGCGCGAAUCGGAGCCAGGGCAGAGGCUCGAGGGGAGCGGGGGGGUCGGUCCUUUCCUGCCCCAACGGGGUCGGGGGUCGCCACCUGCCCCCGCCGGAAUUCCCUGUCCCCGGGUUCCUGCCGCACUCCGGGCCAGCAAGUUCCCCUGUACCCCCGGCGGCAGGUUCGUGGCCUCCCCUUAUCCCCACCCCCUCCUUUGGAGCAGGGUGUUUCCGCUGGCAGCCCUCGAAUGCCGCAGAGCUGAGAGCUCUUGAGGAAUGCCUUGCUGAUACCCUCUUGCCUGGCCCAAGCCUCACUCGCUGCCCGCAUAAACCUCUCGGGGGGUGGUUCCCCCCCGACCCUGCCCCUUCCAUAACUACCCCCAACCCCUGCGCGGUCCCAGUUCAUCCCAGAAGGAAGCGCUUGAGGUACCAAGAAGACGCCGAGAACUGGGUGAUAAAGCCUGUACUCGGGGAGGACACCUGAUUGGGGUGUUGGUAAGACCUGAAACUGGGGGUCCUUCAGGUGAGCUGUCCCCAUGAGAAGACUGAAAGUCACCCCCAAAGGGCAGGGAACCCCUGCUCUUACAACCCCCUCCCUCUCUGGGCAGGCGCGGGGCAUUUCAAGGGGGCUGCAGAGGUCAGGAGAAGGGGGGCAGGACCCAAGGAGGGAUGAGCUGGGGGAGGCGGUGGGGGCGAACGUCGGCCGUUCUUGGCACAGGGAACUGUACCGAUGCCUCGCAGUGUCUCGGGGCGGGCUGCAGCUUUGUGCAGUCACCGCCCAGCCCCGUCUUUGUCCAAAAACCCCUCGGCUUUGGGUGGCGUUUGGCGUUUUGCACAGCGGGCGAAGGAAGCUGCGUUUCAGGGUCACAGUUGCGCCCUCCCUGCGCAGGACCCGGGAGAGGAAGGAAGCGGACAAGGCUUUUGCUCUCGGUUUCAGGUCCCUUGUGGGGCUGCGCUGUUGUCUCCCCCUUCCCAGCCCCACGGCGGGGGGCAGGAGCGCAGCACCGCAGCCCACCCCCGCCAGGAGCGAUGGCUGCCUGCACCCCAGCAGGCAGGGCUGUGAAAGCGGAUGGGAAGGUGCUGGUUUCCUCACGCCCCUGCCUCCCUCGCGUCACCUCUGCCCUGGCUUGUGCUGUGAUUUUCUCCUGUGCCUUUCUCGUCCCUGAGCUGGAGGGCGCCCAGUUCAGGGUCUUGGGACCCGACCAGCCGGUCACUGCCGUCGUGGGAGAAGACGUCGUGCUGCCUUGCCGCCUGUCCCCGAGGCUGAACGCUGAGAACAUGGACGUCCUGUGGUUUUGGUCAAAGUCCCGCAUCUUCGUCCACAUCUACAGCAAUGGGCAGGACGACUACUCCUCCCAGAUGCCCCAAUACCGGGGGAGGACAGAGCUGUCAAAGGAGGGCCUCUCUGUUGGGAACGUUUCCUUGAGGAUCCUCAGCACCCGGCUGAGCGAUGAGGGACAGUACCGGUGUCGCGUCCAAGAUGGGGAUUUUGAUGAAGAAGCCUCUGUGGAGCUGCAGGUAGCAGACUCCAUUUUCCCAAAGGAAUAUCCCUGGAAGGUGGCUUUCUUCGUGACCCUGGCUGCCUGCUUCGCUUCCCUGGUUGCCUUCCCUCUUUUCAUCUCACGGCUACGAGCCCAAAGCAGAGAACUAGGGAAACGCGAUGCCGAAAUCCAGAAACAUGUCUCGGAGCUGCGGUGGAGAAACGCCUUUGUGCCGGUGGAAGAAGUGCACGUCACGCUGGACGCGGACACGGCGCACCCACUGCUCAUCCUCUCGGAUGGUGGGAAGAGCGUACGGCGUGGAAACAUGCAGCAAGAGGUGCCAGAUAACCCCGAGAGAUACAGCUACUACCACUGCGUCCUGGGCCAGGAGGGAUUCACCUCCGGGAGAUAUUUCUGGGAUGUGGAUGUGGGGAAGGAGGAAGGAGGGGAAUGGUCAUUGGGGGUGGCCAAGGAGUCCACGGAGAGGAAGGGGAAGAUCGACCUGGAUCCUCGAAACGGGAUCUGGGGUAUUGGUCACUGGAGUGGAAAGUACAGAACUCAGAGAUCCCCAAACCAGAAAAUUCUCAGCCUCACAAGGAGACCCCAGAGGAUUCGGGUUUACCUGGACACUGAGGCACAGAAGGUAGCCUUCUUCUACGCUGACAACCAAGACCUGCUCUACACCUUCCCACUGGGCCCCUUGAGUGGGGAGAGGAUCCGUCCCUGGUUCUGGGUGUACGUGUCCGCCCAACUCACCCUGAAGUCACCUCCUUCGCCCCCACCCGUCCCCAGUGAGGAGGAGCCUCUGCUCCCUUCCUGCAUCCCCCUGCCGACCCUCCCCACGGGACGACGGGCCCCGCGCACGCCGACAGCAGGACAUGACCAAGACGGGGAAAUCCAUGCUGCUGUCCACGAGCAGCCAUGAUCAAUGCCCAAGGCUCUGCCGGCUGCGUCGUGCCACCAGGGCGCCCCGAGACUCUCCCAGGGAAGCCAUGGCGGCCCCCCCACCUGAGCAGAGCUAUCCCCGCUCCUGCUGGAGCCUGCGACAAGAUGUAGCCGUGGCUAAGGCACAUUCGCCUCUCCUAAGGUGAUGUCUCCAAGCAAGGCGCUUCCGCUGAGACGCCCUUGUUCUUCUGCUACGGGCAGAGUCCGACCCAACCAGGCUGUUGGGACCCGAGGGCGUCAGAACCCCCCUGAGAUAGGGAAGAGAAACCCCCCCAGUGCCAGAACCGAGAUGAGAGUAUGGGGAGAAGGAGCCGCACAUCUCCACCCUCUUCCUCUCUACUUCACCUCCAGCCCCCAAAGCCUCAUCAAACGGGGCCAGUUGAAGGGGUGGGGGUGGUCUCUGGCCAGGCGCUCAGUUCCUGACACCUACCACCUCCCCACGCAUUCCAAUGUACUCAUAAAAUAGGCUUUUUCAAUAAAAAUUCUCUCCUCGA